AUGGAUGAUACAGUAUCAGCUGGUGAUGAUCAUAUUCAUGAUCAACAUGAAUAUCCUAAGGAUUAUGCACAUGAUUAUGAAGAUUUCGGGUUAGCUGAUCAUGAUUCUCUACAUAAUAUGGAUUUUCAAAUAUCCGAUACUAGCAAUCUAAAUUUAGAUGAGCAUCCAUUAGAACAUAUUCAAGAUCAGAUGUAUGAAAAUUCCGAAUAUCAUUUCGGUGAUUGUAGUAGUCAUAAAGAGGCAGAAAACGAACUCGAGUUCAAUGAUAAUGAGGCAGAUUAUAAUAUAGACGAUGAUAACAUUGAUUUUCAGAAAGACGAUGCAGAACAAUCUCAUGUUACACAUGAUUAUGUUUCGCCUGGUGGAUCAUCUUAUUGGAUUCCCGUUGUUUCAGACCACAUCAAACCUAAAAUCAAUUCAAUUUUUGAUUCAUACAGAGCAGCAUUAUCAAUGUACUACAAUUACGCAUCAUUAGCAGGCUUUGAUGUUAGACUUGGACCUAUUAGAACCACUGAAUUCGACAUUAUAACACAACGACAGUUGCUAUGCAAUCGGAAGUACAUGGUACUAAUAAACAUAUUGUUGCUCAAUUUGUCGAACAAGACAAUCAUAAGUUGUUUGGUAAGGACAAUAUGUUUUUGUCCCGUACAAAGAGGAAACUUGAUUAUUCACAAGAGAUCUUUAUUCACAAUUCGUCAAAGCAAAAUAUUGGUGCCUCAAGAGCACAUAGAUUGUAUACUGGACUUCAGGGUGGUUCUAACAUUUGCGGUGGGUUGGUUUCUGAUUUCAAGAACAGUACUAGAAUCUCAAUUCUUACAUAGGUUCCAAGGAUGCAAAAUUCCUUGUAGGGAAGAUGCUAUAAAGGAAAAAAGUAUACCAAGUCUUUCUUUUGAUUUUAAAGUUGUUGAGAAAAAAUUGAAUGUUAUUUUUUGGGCCGACGAAACCUCAAAGUACAACUACAAUGAUUUUGGAGAUGUUGUUUCUCUUGAUGCCACAGACAACAUGAAUAAAUAUGAUAUGGUUUUCGUACCUUUCACUGGGAUAGAUAAUCAUAAGAAAUGUGUGACUUUUGGUGCUCGACUUUUGAGUAGAGAAGAUGGUAGUUCUUACUCUUGGCUGCUUACAACGUUUUUGAAAGCAUUCAAAAAACAGCCUACGCUUGUUCUUACAGAUCAAGAUCCAUCUUUAAUCAAGGUUGUUAAUCAAGUAUUUGCAAUGUCUACACACAGGUGUAAUAAAGUUGUAAACGACUUUAACACUGCUACAACUGUUCUUAGAUUCAUCACAUCUAGUCCAAUUGAACCACAUGCUUCAAAAGUCAACACUCGUAAAAUUUUCUAUCAGGUGCAGAAAGAGAUUUCUGAUUCCGACAAAACUUGUUUCCAGAUGAGUGUUACUUCUAAUAAUGGUGUUGAGACCAUUCUUAUUUUGGAGAAGCAAAAGAACAUAACAACAAGGCAACCAUCAAGUCCUGUUGUUGAUGACAAAGUUGAGGAAUACCAUUACGAUUCUCUUACAGAGGAUACCCAAUAG